AAAAUGUUAAAAGUAUCGAAAAAUUUCAAUUUAUAAUGAUGACUACAUUGAUAUUCGAUACAACGUCCAAAUCAACUUCUUCUUUAUCAUCAUCAUCAUCAUCAUCAACAUCAUCGUAUAAUAAUCAAAAUAAUAAUGAUGGCAAUGAUAACAAUGUUAUAUUAAUGAAACCUUUUAUGAAACAACAGACAUCAUCAUCAACAACAACCACCACAAUGGUACCGAUGUUGUCAUUAACAUCUCAAUCUUCAUCAUCUAUUUUGAUGCAGCAGCAGCAGCAUCGGCAUCAACAACAACAACUACAUCCAUUGCAGACUUCACCUCAAACGGCAACAGCUACAGUAUCAUCUAAACAUCAUCUUCAUUUAUUAGUUGCCAGCUCACAACAACAACAAAACUAUAUUCAUCUGCCUAAUACACAGAAUCUUUUAAGAAUCAAAUUAGAUAACCAAUCCAAAACGCAACAACAACAGAAUUUGCCCAUGUCUUCCACCAUUCAGGUGGUUGGUGGUCAUCAUAAUCUAGCUAUAACGACACCAACUACAUCAACGAAUUCCAUUCAAACAUCGUCAGUGAACAAUUCCAACCGAUUAAAUGUUGUCAAAGAAGAAGAGGAAGAUGGUGAAGAUAAUGAUAAAGAUAAUGAUUUAGAAAUGAAAAAGAAAAUGUUAACCGAUGGUGAUAAUAAUAAUUCAAAACCGAUUCGAAAAGAUGAUGAUCAAUCCAAUCGAAUUUCAAAUGGUAAACUGAAAUCAACAACCGGUACACCCAUCAUAAAUAAUAGCUUCAAAGAAUAUAUCAGUGAAGCUACGAAAAAUAAAAUAGCUGACAUAAUUGCUGAUAUUGGAAAGUUCAAUGAUAUUGAGAAAUUAUAUUUAUAUUUACAAUUACCCGAUGGUGGUAAUCAUCAUCCCAAUAGUGUUAAUGAUGUUGGUGAUGAAACACCGUCUUCAAAUGGAAAAAAAAAAACGUUGAACAAUAGUCCGUUUGGAAAGAAAGCCGAUUCGGAAGUGAUACAAACAUAUGCAUGGAUUCAAAGUCACCUUGAAGAAGAUAUAUCCGUUUCGAUACCAAAACAUGAAGUUUAUGAAGAAUAUCGAGCAUAUUGCGAAGCAAAUCAUUUCGAAAAAUUGUGUGUUGCUGAUUUUGGUAAAGCAAUGAAACAUAUAUUUCCUCAAGUUAAACCUCGCCGUUUAGGACAACGUGGUAAUUCCAAAUAUUGUUAUAGUGGUCUUAGGAAAAAAAUUAUUGUAACCGCACCGGAAUUACCAAUCUUAGAAAUAUCAAACGAUAGUAGAAACGGUAAUGGUGAAUGUCACGAAUCAUCAAUAAAUUCUGUAAGAAAAAACAAUGUCAUGGUCAAUGAUGUUGUAUGGAAUAUUAUACUAGAAUGGGUGGAAAAAACAUUCAAUCGGAAAUUCAAAACAAGUAUUGAUUUUGCGCGAUAUCUAAUUGAAACGCAAAACAUAAAAUCUGAUUUGGAUACGGUAUUAUCAAGUAAUGGAAAUUGUUUUCCAUCAUCGAAUAGUACGAUAACUGAACCAAAAUCAAUAAAUGAUUCAACUGAAACGUCAACCAAUAAACUUACAAAUGGCCAGAAAAUUUCACUCAGUCCAAUCGGAUUGAAAAUUAAAUCAAUUAUGAAUGAUAAGAAAAAAUAUUCAUCAGAAACACUUUCCACACAACAACAAAUCAUAACUAAUUCGAACAUUAACGCAAUCAAUAGCAGUAAAAUUUCCACAAAUAAUACUGCCUCAACUAUCACUGCGAAUACUACUGGUACUAUCAUACACUCAACAAUUAACGGAAAUUCAUUCACAACCCUACAAUCUCCAAAAAAUAAUGCGGUCGAAACUAAAGUAGUUCCAGCAAAUAUUCCAAAAAUGGUGCCUGUAUGUAAUGCGAAAACUGUGAAAAUUUUACUUAGCCCACAUCCUCAAAAUCAGCAACAACAACAACCACUACCAAUAUCGACAUUGCAAACAGUUCCAUCACAUACUUGUUUUAUGAUUGAUCAACAACAGCAACAGCAAUUAAUAAACGCAUCAAAUAGCAUAGAAAGUUUUAAAUAUAAACCUAUACAAUCAAAGUCAGUUAAUUUUGAUUCAAUGUCCAGAUUUCGCCCUAUGACCAGUAAUGUUCCAUCGACUAUUGCAUUCAUUCACAAUGAACAAUUGAAUAGUACGAAAAACGAAAUGCCAACAACAACAACUGUAGCAUUAUUUAAUUGUAAUGCUGUCAAUGUUAAUAACGAUAACAAAGUCAAUGAUAGUAUUUUUAAAAGCGAACCCUAUGAAGAUAACAACAAUAACAAUAAUAAUAUAACGUCGCAUUCUAAAUUAACAGAUAAAAAUCAUAAACGACAAAUCGAUAAUGUGGAAAAAGAAAUUACCGUCAUGUUUGCAUCGAAAAAACGUCAUGUCGAAACAAAGACAACGAAUAGCGAUAAUAUGGAACCGAAACUAUCGACAAUAACGGCAACUGAUAUUUGUGAUCUAAAAGUAAAUGAAUUAGAAACAGAAGCAUUGAAUGAAUAUCUAAACAAUAUAUCAUCCGAUCCGGUUAUUGAUAAUAUUCAACUGCAACAACAGUCUCAGAAUAAGCAACCAAAUCAAAACAUUAAAAAUGUAAACUCUGAAAAUAUUGUGCAUAUUCGUCGCCUAUUAGAGAAUCAUCUGGCUAAAGUAGUUCCGGAAAAUCAAUCAGCAUCGCAUUAUUAUAGCAACAAUAAUAAUAAUAAUAAUCAAACCUUGCAAAAUAAUAAUAGAAAUUUGUUACAAAAUUUAUUGACUAAUUCUGCCAAUAUAGAUCCUGAGUAUAUGCCUAAACAUCAAUCAUCAAACCUGGUUAAUAAUUCACAACAACAAUUGUGCAGCCCCAAUUCACGCCGUAAUGCAUUCAUAUUUCAGCCUAUUUCUCCACGAAAUACACCAACUAUACCAGAAAAUUCUACAUUAGAGAUGAAUAUCUUUUCAAAUAAUAAUGUUGGUACUAAUAUAACAUCCAUACCAGCUACAUCUCAACAUAAACAUAUACAAACUGGUAGUGUCAGUAUCAGUGCCGGUCCGUCACAACCAUCAAGUGAAGCAAAUAGUCCGUUUGUAUCACCGAGAAAUACACCGGUUUCAUUACCAAGAUCACGAAAUAAUAGCGGACAAAGUGCUUACAGUGCAUACGGUGCUGCAAGUCAACGACAAACUCCUGCAUCGUUGCAAAAUUUUGAUUCUGGCGUUUCAUCGAUAUCUUCAUCGCCGUUCAUUUCACCACAAUCGACACCGAUACCAACCACUAGCCUGCAAAGAAUUAAUCAAAACCAGUGUAAUAAUUUACGGAAUGUAUCAGCACAAGCGGUACGCGUCCGUCAUAGUUCAGGUCCCGGUGGUCCAAUAACAAAUCGAACGCAAUUAGCAAGCCUUAUGAAUUAUAAUCGAAGUAAUUCAUUAUCACCUAUGGUUAUUAGUGACAAUUGUUUUGGUCAACAAUCAUUGGUGAAUAAUUCUAAUAAUUUACCAUCAUCAUCAUCAUCAUUCAAUUUUUCGGACAAUACCUCAUCCAAAUUGCUCUCGGAUGACCUAAAUCAACCAUUUGUCGGUCAUAAUUUCUCAUCAGUAGUCACACAAACUGAUCCAACAUUCUCAAUUAAUCAAAACAAAAACCAUCCGAACAAUCAUCACUCAUUGUCCUCUGACUUGUUUAUCAAUUCAUCUUUCCAUCAUCCCCAACAACAGUCGACAAACUCUUCAAGGCAGCGACAUUUCUCCAAUCCUUAUGGAGGUGUAUCGACGUUUUCUAGUUCAUCGACUGUGAAUAAAAACAAUAAUAAUGAUGAUUUUCUCACAAAUUCGUCAUUAUCGAUGCCUACAACUGAUGAUUUUUUAAGUAAAUCUCUUUUUAAUCGAUCACAAUCGGUGCCGUUACAUCCAAACAUGUUUGACGCAUCCAAUACUUUUGAUUCCAUCAUAACUGAUGGUAGUGCUGAUGAAUGUUUCAAAUCAACUAAUGAAUUCAUUCCUAAUAUACAAUUACCACAACAAAAUCAGCCAUCAAAUUCUCUAAUGAUGACUAAUAAUCAUAUGUCGAAAUCUUAUCCUGCUACACCGAUUUGCACGGAUAUGAAUUUUAAAUUUUCCAACAAUAACCAACUUGCUAACAAUAAUCUGGUUCAGAUUAAUGACGAUAUAUUGCAAUCAACAUUGGAUGACCUAUUGUCUAACAACGAUCAAGAUGUCAUUCAAAGUGGUCAAGAUUUGAUUGUUUCAAGCGUUCAACCUGGUGUUGGCGGUGGUUCAUUGCCUACAAAUGGAAAUAGUAUUGAUGAUUGUUCAUCACCAUCAUUAAUGAAUAAAGAAACGAAUGGAAUAAUUAACAAUAACGGUGGAAAUGUUCAUGGCGUUAAUAGUGGUGGUGAUUGUGGUACUAGUGGCGUAUUCAAUGAUGAUCUCCUCAUUGAUGAUACUGAACAAUUUCAAACAUUAGAUGCUUUCCAUGACUGUGAUAAUGAUUUUACCAAUAUUGAUCUUGUCGAUCAGAAUGUUGUUGCCACUUAUGGUGGUGAUAACGAUUUUACUGUUUGAAAUUCUUAUCAUCUAAUAAUUAAUCAGAUAAUAAGCCAAAACAACAUCUGAAUACAAUGAUCUUAAUCGAAUGUUUGUACGACACACAAAUCAGAUGUCAUUUUUAAA